AUGAAGACAACAAAUUCAAAUGAGCAAACACAAGAACAUAAUAUUAGAGAAUUUGAGAUGAAUGUGGAAAUUAAUUAUGUUGAGUUGAAUGAAGUUAAUGAUGGAGGUGCUAAUGUAGACAACUUGGAUGUUAAUGGUGAUGAGGAACAAAAUGUAAAUGUAGAUGUUGGAGAUGAAAAAGGUGAUGAUGAGAAGGAAUGUGAGAAUAAUGAUAAUCAAGACCAAUUUCAAAGGAAGAAAAGAAAGAAGGUAUCAAAAGCUCACGUUGAUUUUAGUGAAGUUACUUCAAAGGAUGGAAGUAUAAAGCUACAAUGUGUUGAUAUCAUUGAUGGGGUUAUGAAGUCCACAAAAUAUUGGGGAAUCGAACAUAAAAUCUUCACAAUUUCAGUGGAUAAUGCUUCAAACAAUGAUGUUGCGGUUCGAAUUGCCAAAGAAACUUUCUCUAAGAGUCCUAAGCUACCUUUGGGUGGUAAGCUAUUUCAUGUCAGGUUGUUAAAGUUUCCUGAAAUUGUGCAUCAUUUGGGAAAUCCUGUGAAAAAGUUAAUUCUUGAUUGUGUUACCCGCUGGAAUUCUACAUAUGAAAUGUUAGUUGUAGCCAUUAAAGUUAAGGACGCAUUUCCAAUAUUUGCUGAAAGAGAGCCUUCAUAUAAAUGUUGUCCUAGCUUGGAAGAUUGGAGUAAAAUAGAGCAUGUUCUUAGCAUCUUAGAGGUUUUUUAUGAAGCUACUCAAGUGAUCUCUGGAACUAACUAUCCCAUUUCUAAUGUUUUUCUUGGUGUGGUUUGGAGGGUCAAGCAUGUUGUAAAUGAAAAUGAGUUUCAUCAUGAAGAGUUGAUUAGAGAUAUGAUUGAAAAGAUGAAGACAAAAUUUGACAAAUAUUGGGGUGAUUGCAAUCUUUUGAUGUCUAUUGGAGCAAUACUUGAUCCUAGGUACAAAAUGAGAUUAGUUGAUUUUGCUUUCAAUCAAAUAUAUAAUGCGAAUGAUGCCCGUAUAAAUGUGAUGAAGGUUCGGGAUGCAUUACAUGACUUGUUCUAUGAAUAUGUUGAAAUGGAUAACAUGAAAACUCGAAAAGGUAGUUCUUCUAUGCAAAAUGCGGGGAGUUUGUUAAUUACUUCAUCAUGCUCAACUUCUAAAGGAAAAUUAGUCCUUUCUGGUUUGUCUUUGUAUGAUAAAUAUUUGGACACUGUUGAAGAUAUAACUCCAAACAAAUCGGAGUUGGACAUUUACUUGGAGGAAGGGGUUUAUAGGUGUCAAGAUGGUGAAGUAACCUCCGAAUUUGAUGCCUUAACUUGGUGGAAAUCUCAUGAAUUGAAGUUUAGUAUUUUGUCAAAAUUAGCACGUGAUGUUUUAGCUAUUCCAAUUAGUACUGUGGCAUCAGAAGCCACAUUCAGUGCAGGCACUCGAGUUUUAGAUCCUCAUCGUGCUAAACUAUCUUUUGAUGGUGCAAGUUUUGGUUUGUGGAGCAGAUUGGGUUCGUCAACUUCAUGGGAUCAAUAA